GAGAAGUAAUAUCUGCAUCGUCUUAUAGUUAUCAUCCAGCUAGACACGGUCCACGGAAAUGCUUGCUUGCAAGUCGCUCGCGCAUCGUGUGGCUCACGGGGACAGGCGUGGCGUCGCGUCCCCGCAUGUUUCCCACGGUCUGAAACACGCAAAGCCCCGGUCGCGGUUCAUGGCUCCACCCCUCGCCGCCUUCACAUCCGACAAUCCAGUUCGCCAGACGCUAUCCCAGGUCGCCAGCAACGUCUACAAGGUAUCCGCCAUGUUCUCGCAGCCAGAGCCAGGUUUGACUCCUCUAUGGGCCGCGGUCAAACGCCUGGAUCUGUCAGCUGUCAAAGCGGCUUUAAACUCCGGCGCCAGUCCAGACGAGCGGGACGCCACCUCUGGCGACACUCCCUUGCUCAUGAUUGCCCGAGCAGGCCACUACAAGUACCCGCCCAGCGAGAUCCCCGCGGCACUGGUGCGGGCAGGAGCCGACCUGGAGGCGCGAGACAAGGCGGGGUUGACUGCGCUGCAGAUAUCGCUGCUGUCCGGCUGGCAAAACAUUGCGGAGCUGCUCAUCAGCUCCGGUGCCAGUACGGCAGGGGUGGCGGAGGUGAAGCCGCGGCUGACCUGUCCCGACUGCAAGCGCCUGGUAGCCAAGUAUAACCUGUAGUGACUAACGACCCGUGAUGCAUGAAUGGUUUCGGAGGCGUGGAUACAUGGUCCUGAGGGCGCAGCCGAGCUACAACCUGCCUAUAAGGAGGGUGGGUAGGGGAUUGUACUACCUGCCAUAGUUUGGAUGGAGAAACCAUAAGGCCGGCUAACCGAGAUGUGUGUCUAGGCUGAUGGUUGGGCACAAGUGCGACAUGUGGUGGUACUGCUGGCCUGGGUAGGGAAUGAAUGGCAAGGAUUGGCUGGGUUACGAGCCACAAGCUCAGGACCUGGGUAUGGCCGGUUUGGGAAACGAACAUGCAGGUGCAAGCUGCAAGGGUGGAUGGGUGUAUCAAUUGGUUCGGGUGGUUAGGGCAAGCCAGGAAUGCACGGCGGCGUUUGGUAACUGAAUAGCCAGUAGUUAGUUGGGACUUGCAAUAUGCAUGAGGGAGGGUUGAACAGCACUUCGGGUGUACGUCAAACUGCCGCAGGGAAGGAAAGCGCUGUACUGGUAUGUAUCUAGGAGCAACUUGAAACCCGUGGUGGCCAUAACAGUAAUUACGGUAUUCGUGAAUUUCACGUUACUGCUUUGGGAAUAAUGAGCCUGUUGGAAAGCAUGGUGCGGCCCCGUUGAUAGGUGAAAUAUGAGGGACGCAGCGUGCUGAGGGGAAUCGGUGUGCAGGAUCGGUGAAGCACGGGCGAACACGGGCAAGAACAGGAGCAGGCCGAGGAGCGGAAGAAGCAGCAUGUUAGUUGCUCCUUGGCGUUGUUCAUUGUCCCUGCCGAGGCGAUGAAGAGGAAGAGAGCAAUGUGAUUGCAACACAAGUUUACACAAUAGACCAAGGAGUUGUCUGAUGUCGGG